UGUCACUGUUGUUGUUUCUGUCCCACUGAAAUAAAGGGUGAAGAUGUCGGAAAAUCUCGAAAAAAUUUUACCGGAAAAUUCGGAAAAUGAGACGAAAAUCGACGGAAAUAUAUCUAACCAGGCGGCUAGUAAAAGCGCCAAGAAAAGGCAACGCAAUAAAAAGAACAAAAACAAUGAGGUGGUAAAAGAUGCCCCAACAGAAAAUACAGAAGAUGCUGCCAUAAUUAGCUCACUUUCUAAUCCGCUAAAUACAAUUUCUAUUAAUGAACUUAAGGCCGCCAUGGAAUUAUACUCUUUGUCUCAAAAACCCGCCAAAACCCAGGAGGAGGCCUUAAAGAAAUCUUAUCAGUUUUGGAAUACGCAACCUGUUCCUAAGAUGCAUGAGAAAAUUACUGUUAAUGAAGCCAUAGAACCUGAUAAAGAAAUAAGUGAAAUCAGAGCAGAACCUUACUCUUUACCUGACGGAUUUAAAUGGGACACUUUAAACCUGGAUGAUCCUUUAGUUUUAACUGAACUCUAUACUUUAUUGAAUGAAAAUUAUGUGGAAGAUGAUGAUGCGAUGUUCCGGUUUGAUUAUCAACCAGAGUUUUUGAAAUGGGCGUUACAACCACCCGGCUGGAGAAAAGAGUGGCAUUGCGGUGUUAGAGUGGUAAAAAGUGGCAGAUUAGUAGGGUUUAUAUCAGCUAUACCUGCAACCUUAAAUAUCUAUAAAAAGCAACAAAAAAUGGUAGAAAUAAAUUUUCUAUGUGUGCAUAAAAAGCUGAGGUCAAAGAGAGUGGCUCCAGUGUUAAUUAGGGAAAUAACCAGAAGGGUGAAUUUAACUGGAUUAUUCCAGGCGGUUUAUACAGCAGGAAUAAUCUUGCCUAAACCGGUUUCUACUUGUACCUACUGGCACAGAUCGUUGAACCCAAAAAAAUUAAUAGAAGUGAAAUUUUCUCAUUUAUCUCGUAAUAUGACGAUGCAAAGAACUUUGAAGCUUUACAAGUUGCCAGACGCUCCAAGAACGCCAGGUUUUCGGAAAAUGAAGAGUGAAGAUGUUGAUAAGGCACAUGCUUUAUUAGCUAAGUACUUGUCCAAAUUUGAUAUGGCACCCCAUUUUACCAAAGAAGAUUUCAUUCAUUGGUUCAUGCCCCGAACCAAUAUCAUUGAUAGCUUCGUCGUUGAAAACGACGGAAAAAUUACCGAUUUUGUAAGCUACUAUACACUCCCCAGUAGCGUAAUGCACCAUCCCGUACACAAAACAUUAAAGGCCGCCUACAGUUUCUAUAACGUAAGUGACUCGACCAACUGGAUAAAUCUUAUGCAGGACGCGUUGAUAUCAGCGAAGCAACUAAAUUUCGACGUGUUUAAUGCUUUGGAUUUGAUGGAUAAUCAAGAGUUUUUGGAAACGUUGAAAUUUGGCAUUGGAGACGGGAAGCUACAGUACUAUCUGUAUAAUUGGAAGUGCCCACCGAUGAGCCAUUCGCAAGUGGGCCUCGUUUUGCAAUAGACACAACCAAUUACUAUGUUUAAUAUUAUUAUCGGUCGAUGUUUUUAUAUCCUCGCGCAGGCAUGAGAAUAGUUUUUAUUAAUAUUUUUUUUUUGGUACAUGUGAAUAUAUUAGAAUGCGCCAGUUAAGAAAGAUCAUACAUUUGCAAAGUUCAAAAAGUGGUUUACUACUCUGAAUAAAAAAAAUUGCAAACUUAAGGUAAUGGUAAGUGCAAAAAUAUAGCAUUAUGUAGAUUUUUUCUUAGUAAAUAUCAUCCAAAUAUAAAUAAAACAUGUAAAAGUAAACAACCAUUAAUAUUUAUGCCCAAUUUUUUUCGUUGAUCGAAUGCGGGUAAUUAUCAGUAUAAUAUAAAGAUAAAUAAAUAUUUAAAAAUCACGCGGAACUACAUUACUUAAAAAAGACGAUUUAUGUUUUUUAUUACAAAAAAUAAUCGCGGAAGGCAUGCGCACUAAAUGGGGAUUUAAUUGGCUAUCCCAAGUAUCCCCAUACUUUUUACACUUUGUUUUCUGACAAGAAAGAAAUAGCAAACUAGAAAGUAGAGGAGAUUAAAAACAUAUCGAUGGCUUAAACUGCAAACCAUCUAACUCCAAAAAGGGUAAUUUUAUUUAGGAGGAGGAUAAUCUGAUUUUAAACACUCGCCAUAAAAAUAGAAAGGCUUUUCUUGUUAUUAUUUUAAUCUAAAAUUUACUCAGUAAUUUUUCUAGUAAAACACGUUUACUUAAUUUGAUAUUUUUUGUAUUAUCAUUAUCAAUGGAUAACUAAAAGUAUUUCGGUCAUCCUCCACUAAAUUUAUUUAAAACCAUUAAUCCUGCAUGUUUCGGACAUAUGAGGGCUGUUCAAUAUAGACUCAGGCUAUGAAAAUUUCAUUACAAAGAAUUAUACAUCAAUGCUUCUGUCACGUUCAAAGUAGUCACCAUUCAAGGCGAUACAUUUAUUCCAGCGCCGCUGCCACUCCAAAAACGCGUCCUCGAAGCUCUUCUUAGUCAUGCGCUUAAAAAUCGCCUCUAAAGCUUUAACAGCAGCAUCUCCGGAAGGAAAACGCCUUCCUUUCAGGUCCUUUUUUGCAGUGGGAUAAAGAAAAAAGUCGUUCAGUACUAAAUCGGUAGCAAUUAGACAGCCAGCUGUGUUUAUCGUUUCUUCACGAAGCGCAGUAAUAGGCGCUCCUGGACCGCAUUCCAGUUCACAGCUCUCUCUAUCUUUUCGGAAGGCAUCGUGCCACUGUAAACACGUGGAUUUUUUCAUGCAAGCUUCACCGUACACAUUCUUUAACUCACGAUAUGUUUCGAGUGGUUUUUUGUUCGAUUUCACCAAAAAUUUAAUCGCGUAACGUUGUUCUCGAUAUCCUGACAUUGUAAAUAUUAGAGGCGACUUUCAUACAUGUUUUCUUCGCAAUGUCACUACUUGAGCACUAAUGAUCAGAUCGCUACCAAAUUUGUACUGUAAAUAGGUAUUAGUAUAUUGUUUCAUGUCAUGACCACGAGAUCGCGCCACCUGUAUUACACAGCUGCUCGUGGCGAGAGUCUGAGUCUUUAUUGAACAGCCCUCAUAUAACAUGUCCAUCAUCAGGGUUAAGAAUUAAGGGGUUCUGUCAAUUCAUCUUAUAGUUCUAAUGCCUCAGAUAAGGUUAAAACGAAUAAAAAUUACAUAUUAAAAUACAUGUAAAUGGGACAAAAAUUGGAUUUACUAAAACUUAAAACUACAUACUUAAAACAAUAGGCCAAUAAUAAUCAUAUUACUAUUAUGUUUUAUAAUAAACUAAAUAAGAAAAAGGAACAUUAUUAUUAAUUACUCAAAUGCAAUUUUGAUGGGACUAUUUAUUCUUUAUGGACAAUGUGCUCAAAUUUUGAAAACAUUGUAUCUAAAUUUAAAACCAAUGGAUAAACAAAGCUUAUACUACAAAAUACUUCGUUAGCUACUCGUAUACGUAAAAGUAACAAAAAAAAGUAUUAUUAUAGGCAAUUUUCAAAAUGACUAGCAUUAUUCUCUUAACAAUUAUAAGAUCGUUUUCUAGUGAAUAUAUUCAUCGCUCUCCUAAUUUCGCUUUCAUUUAGCUCUUCAAAACUCGCUGAGCUAGCUCUUCUUUACUGUUUACUGAUGUUGCUUACACCCUUUGAAUUAUGUAACUUCUUAAAUAAAAAUCAAGGUGUGUUAGAUCUGGCGUUCUCGCCGGCCUAUGGUCCUGAUGUCUAAAUCAUCUACAUCAAACAUGACGUACAGUUUUCUUGCUACAUUGUGUCCCACAGUGAGGCGCAGCUCCGUCAAAAAUACGAAAAUCUUGCAAUGUCAGAUUUUACAAAAAAUUACCUACACUUCUCAAAACUUUGGCGGAAUUUAGUGGUUUAUUAUAUGCUAAAAAUUUUACUUGAAAAUCUUUUAUAAGGCAAAAUACAUUUCUUUUGCGUGUGGAUUUAAAUCAGUUCAAAAAUGAUUAUUUCUUCUAUUGAAAAUUCCCUCCCUGGAAAAUUUAGCAGAAUCAAAAUGUUUUCACAGACCCUUCUGUGAUAGUGGUUUCAAAGCCUCAACUUUGAAUAAUAAGACCUAAAUCGUCCUUAGCACUUCUAAUUGAAGCUUUUGGAUAUGCAGUAAAAUAUGCCAAUAAUUCAUAAUAUUAUCUUCUUCAUUGGUAACUGGCUUUGUUUUAUUUAAUCCAGGUUUUAAUUUAGAGCCAAAUUAAUAAAUUUAUUUUGUAACCUUACAAACUUUCGCCGAUUCAUUGAUGGUAGAUCUGGCUACAUUUCGUUAAAUUUUCUACAUAUUCUUGCUAUUAUUGGAUCACAUUGUCCCUGGAAAAUAAAUAGCCUGAUUAAAACCUCAUUAACCCAGAUACCCCUGAAACUCUUAACGUUUGUUUUUUGUUAUAUACUUUUGUAAAUGUACUUAUUGGGUUAAAAUAAACAUUAUUUUCUAGUAAAAUUUUUUAGUUCCGCUUUUAGGUUUUUCUGUAAAAGCCGUCGGUUUAAACAUACGGUAGCAAUAUAAGGUACUAAAACUCAAUUAUUCUUAUAAACUUAUAAAACUUUAUUUAGAAACGAGAUUUUUUUUUUAAACCAAUAAUAAUAGAUUAGUUUUUAGUACGAUAACUUAAAAAACACAUUUUUGGAUGAAGUGCAACAUCACACUUCUGGCAUCUGAAUCCUGCUUGUUUGUGGCAAAAUGCGCAUCGGAUUUGCUUUUCCUGAUAAUUCACAAGAUGAUCAUAUAUGGUACCAUCCGAUCAUAUCUGGACUCAUAAUGCAGGUAUUUGCCUGGUUUAGAUGGCCCCCGUUUUGUUUCUUUCUUAUAUGUUUCUAAUAAUCCCGCAGCAAUACACCUCCUAAACUACAAAUGGUCCAUUUUCCCGCUAGAAUGUUUAUGAAGUUGCCAUGCGUUUUGUUCUGCCAUAUCCAAAGCAUGUCAAAACAAGCAAAAAUACCACUUCUUUCCUCUGAUUUCUACGCGGUAAAGGCUUAUAUUUUGGUCAGCCCUAUCAACACCGCCCAUGUUUUCGUUGUAUUUUUUUAUCAAACAUAGCUGCUCAACAUGUAUCAUUUUCUUUUCUUUCUGAGAGAAGCGUUUGACUUGCUGUGUCGGAAAAGGAGAUGUUACAUUUGAGGCGAUUGUAACAACACUAUUUUCUUUUUAUUUACAUACAAUAUUAUUUUGGUUCUCCUCCAAAAGAUAAUCAAAACUACCACGGGAUUUUUUCUUGAACAUACUGGAUUUUUCAAGAGGGCAAUCUGAUAGUCUGUUUUCUCGCAGAGUUCCUGUACAUUUGAGCCCCCUGGAGGUCAGCUCAGCCAACAGACGUAAUGACGUAAAAAAAUUGUUACAAAAGAUAUGAAAUGGAGCUUUUUCACAUUGAGACUGAAUAAUAUCAGCAAACUGAAGUACAACACUAGCCCUUAAGCCAAGAGAACGAUAUUUUUCAGAAAUAAUAGUUGUGGACCCUUGAUACGGCUCAAACCAUUCAAUGUACCCCUUUUUAGUUGUUCUCACCCAUACCUUAUAACCCCAACGAAUGGGCUUUCCUCGGAUGAACUGUUUUGAUCCAUGACCGCCGUAAUAGGGUACCAUCGACUCGUUUACGCUAUGGCACUCUUCAAGGGGUGCAAAUGACUGAAUUUUCUCAUUCAGAGUAGAAAACAAAGGCCUCAGUUUCGAAAACUUAUCGGUAUUUUCAAGAUUGUUGUUAUCAUUCAGGUGCAAAUUCUGCAUUAUAAAACUAAAGCGAUCUCGAGAAAUCGCCGAAUAGACUAACUUAUUUCCUGCGUCACUGUUAUUUUCCCAAUACAUUGACCGUCGAGGAAAUUAGUUGUAUCCAGAGAGCAGUAAAACACCAACGAAACAUUUUAUUUCACUGGAAUGUAUAUCACCUUGGCGAUUAUGCUGAAUAGCAUACAAAUUGGAAUAUUUUACAACCAAGUCAAUAAUUUCGUCAUCUAUAAACUGAAAAAAUAGUUCUAAAGGAGAUAAAGAAUUUUUUGGACCACGUGCGUUUACCCAUUCUGGAAAAUCUUGGUUGAUGUCACCAUUUUUCCAAGAAUAAUUUGGUUUUGAGGUCGAUAAUUUUGGUCGUUUUUUCGUAAGAAAGGUAGACAAAGGUAGGUCAUCGUCGCUAUCAAAAUCACUCUUAACUGUAGUUUGGUUAGAUCCCUUGUUUUCAAAUAUUACCUCAACUUCAGUCAUCAGGUGACUUCCAGGGAGGUUGUUAUCAACUCGUCGUCAUCAAGGUUUUCAAUUUCUGCCAUGAGUUCAUGAAGUUUCAAGGGCCGCUUCCAAUAACUGCCAAUAUAAGGAAAAAAUCAAAUAAUACCGGAUUUUCCUACUGUCCGUUAAAACGGAAAUCGGUAUUUGAGGUUAUAUUUUGCCGGUGAUGAAAAUUUUUAACUUAUUUGUUUACAAGUAUAAAGAUUGAUGUUUUCCAAAAUUACUUAUUCACAAGAUGGAAAAAUAAUAUGAAUAGUUUAUCAGUAUAUUUACCUAUAAUUAUCCAUUGUUUACAAGAAACUAAGAACCUGUUAUUCUAAACACUUUCUCGUAUACAGAACUCCCUUUAAGAGGUUAGAAAACAAAAUUUCGCUAAAACACGCGUUUCUAACAACGAAUAACCCAACGCCAUCUAACGCGGAGUGACAGAAGUUUAAAUUAAGUUGAUCAUAAAACACAAUGUUAGUUUUUACAUUCAUUCGUAGCAUAUUUAAAUUAAUAUAUUAUGCUACGCUAAUUAAUUAAACACAUCGAAAAAAAAAGCAACUAAACUUAUAAUUUGGUUUACGUCCUGUUUUUCUCAUUUCUCGCAAUAGCUGACAAUUAGACGUAAAGAGACAAUAACCUCUCAUACGUAGUAUAAAAUGAUUUUUUCAUAAACACCCUACUUGGUUCAGUGGACCUCGAUGUUUUGACCCACUGACAAUAACCGCAUUUCAAAUUAUUUACCAAAUAUAAAUACUACAACCCUGGAAUAAACUAAAAAUCACAAGGAUCAUUGAAAACUAGUCUUAAACUUUUUUCUAAACUUGUUUAUAGAACGUACUUUUAUACAUAAUUGGAGGUUUUUAAGAAUCGUCAAUACUGCUUAAAAAAGUAAUCUAACUGAUUUUUUGUUGCUCUUGUAAAUCUUUUUACUAACUGGCGAAACAUAUAGAGUUUCUUCAGGUAAAUAACAAAUAUAUCCCUUUGUAAAAGCCCUACCUCUGACAUGACCAAAUGGUAAUUUUAUUUGAUCCAAUACAAUAAGGGAUACUUUUUUUAUUGAAGACUCCUUGUAUAAAUAUAGUUUUUCGCUUUUUAUGGAUUAGAGUAAUGAAGUUUCCACCAACGUUACGAUUUAAUUUACUAUAAUUUUAGUAAGAGUAGCCACUAUAAGUGUGAAACUAGAAUAGACUGUAAGAUUUUUCUAUACAAGGCUAAAGUUUGUUCCAAAAUAAAUAUUUUUAAACAAACUAUGCAUUGUUCUUAAUAUUUUGAUAAAAGUUUUAAAAAAAGUAUACAUUGCAAAUUUUAGCUAUGGACAAUAAGAGAAGGUAAUGAAUGUACUUUUUCACUUUAACGAUAGCUCUUUCUGGUAAAAUUGCAUAUCGCCUUUUUUGCUACUUUAACUUAAAUAGGUUGGAUUCUGUACAUACAUUUACAGCAUUUUAAUUAUAAUAAAUCAAGUACUUCUGGUUCUUAACGUUCUGGUAUUUCUGAAAGUAUUGCUUGUAGAAAAAUGUAUAUACCUUUCCUUAAUGGCCACAACUAAAUUUGUAAAAAGCUAGUGGGAAUAAAGGAGGAGGUCAUUAAACAAUUCCACUAUAAUAACCUAAAUAACAUGCAGCGCCACUAUCGAACACAGAGAAAACUUCAUCUCAUUGAAAAUGUCAUAUCUGUGAUAUAUAUAAAAAAAGUAUUCAAGUCUUAAGUAAUAGUGGCAAUAUUCAGUAGGCGUUUUAACGAAUUGGUAACACAUGCCUAAUUGAAUUUAAGAUAAAAAAUCGUUUUUAGUCUCGAUUUUUGUAACAUGAUGUAAUUUGAAUUUUAGUUUCUUAAUAUAUGUAAUGUUGUCUUAUAUUUUCAAACAACCUGGUAUUUGUACUAUUGUGAAUAUAUUAUAAUUUUAA